AUGUUGAGCGAAGAAGAUGUUAAUGCUAUGCCCGCCUGGAGUGUCGUGUAUAUGGAACAACAUCAGCAAAUGACUCUGCGUGUAGUUGUUUCACAGCUUCUGGGAGCGAGUGGCACUAAGGCCUUCUUCACCGGAGCAGUGCCUCCAAAGACCCUGGCGCCAAGAAAGGAUGAGCGCAUCCUCACGGAACUGAGGGACGCACGAGGGACGCUCCUUAAAACGGAAAAAAGUAUGAUGAGCAUGCAGCAGAGCGUUGCAAAAAACCCACACAAGAACAUCAAACAAGUAGUAAAACAUAAUGAAGUCUUCGAUGCUGCGACUGCGUCGCCACCGCUAGUAGAAGCGUCUUUCGUAAUAUCGCAACCACGAAAACUUCCUUCUCCCAUCCGGUUGAACCAACGGCCUGCCGCGGAAGCGCCCGCCGACACCUGGGAGAACAAGCUCAUUCCAGACAUCCGGGGUCGGCAUUUUUUCUCUCCACGCAUGAGUCGGCGGUAUCUUCAUCUCGGAACAAGGUUUAUUGUUUAA